CAAUAAAUAAUCAACAGAGAAAUUUUAGUUGCUAUUUCUGUAAUUGAUCAUAUUGUUGAAUUUCUUUCUUGAACGUGACUUUUGGAGUUCCAGCAUCAAUGGAUUCUCAAGAUAUAGAUAGAAAGACAAAUGAUCAGCCUGUCGUCGGUGGAGUUAAACAAUUCUUGAAGAAAAAUAUUUGGGAGAUCGUCCAGGGAAAUUCAUCCUCUAUGAUAGAUGAAGACAAGUUUUAUGAUGCUGAAGAAAAUUUUCCAAUAAUUGAUGACAAGUAUGUCGUUGAAAUCCAAGUAAUGGAUAGUGAGGAUAUCACACCCUUGAGAAACCUCAAACAGAAACAAAAGGAGACUAUUGAAGAAAAAUAUUCUAUUCAAUUGAAACAAUUCUAUUGUUCUAUUUGUAUGGAAGCUAAACCAAUCAAAGAAAUGUUCAAAAAUCCAAAUUGUUCACACUCCUUCUGUGAGGAUUGUAUUGGUAAAUACCUAGCUGCAAAAAUUCAAGAGAAUAUAUCAAGGGUAAACUGUCCUGAACCAAAUUGCAAAGGAACUUUAGAGGCUUAUUAUUGCAGUUCAAUUAUACCAAAGGAUGCAUUUGAUAGAUGGGACAAUGCACUUUGUGAGAAUUCAGUAUUAGAAUCACAAAAAUUUUAUUGUCCUUUUAAGGAUUGUUCAGCAAUGUUGGUAAAUGAUGCAAAGGAAGUUGUGACGACUUCAGAAUGUCCACAUUGUCAUAGAUUAUUUUGCGCACAGUGUAGGGUUUCGUGGCAUGCAGGAGUUAGUUGCAGAAAGUUUCAAAGUUUGAAAAACAAUGAACGAGGAGGGAAGGAAGAUUUAUUGGCGAUGAAUCUUGCAAAUAGAAAGAAAUGGAAAAGAUGUCCAAAAUGCAACUAUUAUGUAGAAAAAGUUCAUGGAUGCACUCAGAUUACAUGCAGGUGUGGUCAUCAAUUUUGCUAUGGUUGUGGAUGCACUUGGACAGGAGGAUCCCAUUAUAAAUGUAAAGCUUGAUAAAAAAAAUUGUAGGACGAGUGAAAAUUGAUGUCUAUGGCCUUGUUUGUUUUGAUUCUCUUUUAAAUUUGUGUUUGUAAAAUAGUGGUAUAUUUUAAUUUUGGGAACUGAAGCAAAACAUUCCAAGUAGUUUUUUAGUUAUGAAUUAAUGUGGUUGAUUUAAAAAAAUUAA